CUCAAAGCAUCUGUGCAACUCUUCUCAUCGCGACUGUCGGUCGAAUCAUGAGAAUACAGAUGUGGUGGUGUCGAGGACCUCGACCGCCCGACAGCAACCGUGAUCAGAACCAGCGGCAACCAAUCGGAUCCGAUAACAAAACCUACUAUUAUACUGCCACAUUAGUUGAGCUUGGUUGUCUCCAAGCCUUGUCACUGAAGAUCCUCCAGCUUGCGAGUCUCCCCAAUGUUGCGAAGACUCUGGCUUCAAUGGCAUCAAGAGUUCUGGAUCAAGGCCUAGUAGGGACCGCGUGUGGUGGUGGGCAAUUAUCCGGUUAGAACAACCGCUACGUAUUACGUGUAUAAUUGCCUAGUAGUAGUUAGUUAGCUUUUCCGAACCGGUUGUCGCCGGUUCAUUCCCUGGUGUAGUAGCUAGUGCCAGUUUCUGUCACCUCUACACUACUAAAUGUUCAUGGUAUUUUCAUCUGAUCACGGGUGUCACGCUUACAUAAGCACGGGUGGCAGACGUCAACUGCGGUUCGUGCCUUCUUUCCAACUAGCAAAGAAGGUAUAAUCUUGUUCAAACCUUGGUGAACCAUGCUACGAUCCUUUUUGGGCAGCCUUUGGCGGCCCGUGAAGGGGCUCGGGCAUCCUCUCCAAGGCCGACUCGCAAGGCCGUGGGAGGCGACCGAGGUGUCUGUUAGCCAAGGCUAUUCUUCCAGCGGCAUUCCCUCUCCUUCGUCGAGUCGGCUGUUGCAGGUUGCUCGUCGUACGGUUUUGCACCAGUUAUUUCUUCGUGCUGGAGUGACCCAGAAAGCCGCCCCUCAGUUACCUCUUCUUCCAUACAGUCACCUUCUUGAUGCGCUUCGGUCCGUAUUCCCAGGGAUUGCUCGAAAAAUGGCAACUCAGAAUAUUACUUCAACUGCAUGGGCAUUGCCGAAGAACACAUCAGCCUUCCGAGGCAGGUUCUAUACUGGAAGGGGUCCAAUUGGCCAAGCUCCACCUUUCGGCCGUAUUUUCCCGGCGCAAAACACCAUGUUUGGCGCUUACAGUACUCGAGGAUUCACUCAAGGAUCCAGACAGUUUGGCGGUCGGAGGAAUUUCACCACUGGAUUUGGCCAGCAAACUUUUCAAAGUCAUGGGCCUUCUGUGUCGAACUCAUUUGCUGGCUUCAAAGUGUUACCUGGUGCUGUGACAGAGGAGAUGAAGGACAAGAAUGGGAUGGGUGAUGAUUUGAAAGCUAGGUUACGGGCACGUGUGACCAGGACUCCAAAAAGGAGACUGGUUCCAAAGGCGGUGAAGUCUAUUCGCCCUGCCCGCUUGGGUGUCUUGUUGAAGCGCGCUGUGGACGUUGAACCCGCUGGUCUGGGUGCGGCUGUAGAGAACACUGGCACUGCCGUUGUAGUACGUACUGCAAAGAAAGUCGUAACAAAGCGGUCGCCCGUGCAGGUCAACCCUGCAUCCAGCAAGGCCGUCUCGGUCUCCAUGUCCAUCUUCCUCUAUGGUCCCCCUGCCUGGGAAAUGGACUCUAUUUCGAGAGCUGGUUCACAGAACCUGACAGUAGCCCUCAUUACCGAAAUCCGUUCCCUCGCCCGAUUACACAAAGAUCAUCUAACAGCCACAGCGAUAAUCCUGGAGAAGCUGCUGCAAAGUGGACUCAGAGAUUUACAUGUGCGAGAGGAGGAAGGCGGGACUUAUGAGCUAAUUGUCGCGUUUCCGACAGGCUUGUCUUUGACAGAUGUAGUGGAUUAUCUGUUGGUUAUGGGCAUCGAUCCCUGUAGCCCCCACUUCAAGCUAGAAGAGCAUCAGCUUAAAAGCGAUAUGCCUCGUAGGCAAGAGCCCGCAAUGAAUGGCGUCAACUUUCCAUGGCCCGCGGCUCACUCAUGCACAAGCUCACUUGACUCCCACCAUGUGUCCGACAACCUCCCGGCGGAUGCGAGCGCAUUUUUAAGCAUGGUGGAAAGUUUGAUAAGUGCAAGUGAACAGUUUGGGAGCGGGUCCAGGGGAACAGUAAAGUGAAAUGAACUAGUUUAGAAGGAUCAUUAUUGUUUCCCUGAUAGUCCAUGUAGUAUAGGUGUUUUUUCGUUGGUGGUGGGAGUGUUCUACCUCAUUUAUGUUAUAUACGCGGUUUCUCUCCAUGUUAACAGAUGGUUGCAAGUGGCUAAAAAUAGCUACCCUGCGGCUUGUUCAAUAUGACUGACUGUAAUGACGA